AUGUGUUACUAUGGUGGAUACUAUGGAGGCCUGGCCUAUGGCUAUGGUGGCCUAGGCUAUGGCUAUGGUGGCUAUGGCUAUGGCUGUGGCUGUGGCUAUGGUAGCUAUGAUUAUGGUUGUUGCCGCCCACUCGGCUGUAGAAGGUUCUGGUCCUGUGGCUUCUACUGA